UAAAUUUAAUAAAAAUCAAAAAAAUAAAAGUUAAGUUUAAUAUAUUUUUUACGACACGUAAUAAUGAAAAAUGAAACGGAUUCGGAGGACAGCUCAGACGAGUUUUUUGACGCCGAGGAUACGACACCAAAUCGAUUGUCCACGCUUAGUCGCAGAUCGGUAAUCGAUGCAACACAAUUGCCCCAAGAAUUCCUAUAUCCCGAUCCAGCUGUGCGCAUCAAUGCUUCCUCAGACAGCGACGCCACACCCAUCGGAGCAGGAACUCCAGCUACCAGAAGUCCAACAAGUAGUUUAAGUGCACGCUGUCCUAAGCAGGAUGUUUUCAUUGAACCGAAACCUGUCCAUCACGGCACGUAUGGUAGAAAGCGCUUUCACGAGCUACGUCAAUGCAUGAAUAAUGAUGAAGAUGAUAAUCCUGGAAAUACACUCACGCCUGAUUCUCAGAAUAGCUCCACAGAUGGAGUAUUCACAAAUCGUCCCACACAUCCUUUCAAAGUGAUUGAAAAUGAUACUGUUAGCAUACAAAGUAUGACAUCCUUGGGACGCGUUGGACGAAUAUUAGCAGGUACUAUUGAUCCGUCAGCCAUAAGUGUUGAUCGUGAAACUAUAACAUCUUCCAAUUCAUCAGGUAAUUCACAGCAAUUGCAGUUACAACAGCAACAGCAACAGCAACAGGCGCAGCUACAGCAACAGCAAUUACAACAACAACUUAUAAAUAACGGAAAUAUAAAUUCAGCAUACACAUUCGCCACAGAAACCGCUGCCAUCAAUAGUAAUAGUAAUAGUAACAAUUUUCACACAAGUGCACCCCAUUCACCCGCUUCUAUUGGACGUAAUAACAUUCAUACAAAAAGUGCAAUAAAACAUGCUUCUCCAACACAUAGUAUGGCUACAACAACAGCAUCGACAGCUGUGGCGCCACUAAGUAAAAUAAUAUUGCAAGAACCUGAUGUUAUAGCUAGUACAAAACUGGCACAUUCUAAAACUACUGACUCGAUUACUUCAAGUGGUCCGAUAGCGCCACCUAGACGUAAAAAGAAAUCUCGUAAGGUAUCGUCCAGUUCUACAGAGCAAUUUAAUGAUGGUAUGCGUUUGCCGACUGUUGAUAAUGAGGACACAGACAGUGAUACACGCUCGGUGCAAAGUGUGCGCGACGUACAGCAGAUGUUGCGUGAUGACCUAGUAAAAGAAAUUGAAAGCUCUUGGGUUGAUAGGAGUACGUUAGCGAGUGGCUUGCAGAGAGCAUCAUCAAAAACGUCAUACAGUGGUUUGAAUUCGCAUAGUACUCUUAUUGCUUCCUCUUAUGGUAAUGGUAUUGUUACAAUGUCUAUGGCGUUUUCAACUGGACCGUCCACAAGCACAGCAAAUUCAGUGUCCUCUGCUUCGUUAGCACAAACUUCAACAUGUAAUACAAGGCCUGUAACUACAGCAGCACUUGGUGGUUCCAUUAAUCGUAUUUCACAUUCAUUAGGUAACAGUUCCACUUCAGUUUACUCAAAACCGAGUCCGUCAAAUUCUGCGAAAAGUAAUUCUGCACCUGGUCGAGUUCGGUACUUCUCGAUCGAUCCGACACAAGGGUUAAAUAUUUUCAAAGCAACACAAGGUGGCUAUGUCGUACAACCGCGUGAUGAACAAUGUAACAAAGCUGAAGGUCCAACACAAGAAGAAAUUGAACGUAUGGAACAACUCUUAGUUAAUAGUACGAUGAGACCAAAACUAUCUGGUACUGGAUCGAAUAGUUUAGGCAGUGCCACAAGGUAUCCAUCAAUGCUUUAUCGAAGCAAUAAUGAAAAAGAGCGACGCAAGUCAGCUGGAGAUGAGGAUGUGCUCAAACAGAUGAAUAUUUAUGUGCGUACACGCACAAGCUCUGGUAAACAGUUAACCGAUUUUGAGAUACUCGAACAAGUUCCUGUUAAAAAUCUCGAUACAGGUGAAAAUAUGACAUUAUCCGAAGUACGUCCACCACCCGUGCCAGAAGGCUGGAACCCAUUAUCUUUGCAUAUACUCAAAUUAACGUCUCAUUUGGAAGUGAUACAAAAAGAAUCGGAUGAGGAAAGCGUUAUUGGUAUACCGCCAAGUAGUGAAGGUCAGCAACCCGAUGAGGAGGAAGGCGAAACUGAAGAUGGCAGUAGAUUAAAAAAGAAAACUGCACGUAUUAAGCGAUUUUUUGGUUCCACUAUGCGCAAAACAGUGGAUAAAGCGAAGUCAUUGGCUUCUGAAGUUUCACAUGCACGUCACAAAGAGGAUGUGGCUGAUAUUGUUGAUGUUAUGAAUCCUGAGCAAAAUAUCAAAAUUAAAGCAUCUUCCACUAAUAAAGGACCUUAUGAAUUUACUAAACUGCAACAUGUACAGGAUUUAUGUGGAGAACAUACUGGCGCUGUUUGGUGUAUGAAAUUCAGUUCUUGUGGACGACUUUUGGCAACUGCUGGACAAGAUAAAAUUCUACGUAUUUGGGUUUUAAAAGAUGCCUAUCCAUUUUUUCAGGACAUGCGUACAAAGUAUAAUGCCGAUCAGAAAUCCUCACCCACACCUUCACAGGAAUCAUUGGCGCAGCACUCAGCGGAAGAAGCAAUUGCAAUGGCAGCUGCUGCAGAAAAAUGUACAGGUCCGUUCAUGCCGAAAGCUUUUUGCAGUUAUAUAGGACAUACGUCGGACUUGCUUGAUGUAUCUUGGUCGAAAAAUUAUUUUAUACUUUCAAGUUCUAUGGAUAAAACAGUCCGUCUAUGGCACAUUUCUCGUAAAGAGUGUCUUUGUUGCUUUCAGCAUAUUGAUUUUGUCACUGCGAUUGCUUUUCAUCCACGUGAUGAUCGUUAUUUCCUAAGUGGUAGUUUAGAUGGUAAAUUACGGUUAUGGAAUAUACCCGAUAAGAAGGUUGCACUUUGGAAUGAAGUCGAUGGACAAACCAAAUUAAUAACUGCUGCGAAUUUUUGUCAAAAUGGACAAUUUGCUGUUGUUGGUUCAUAUGAUGGGCGUUGUAUAUUUUAUAAUACUGAUCAGCUUAAGUAUCAUACGCAAAUACAUGUACGUUCGACACGUGGUAAAAAUCGUAUUGGACGUAAGAUUAGUGGUAUUGAACCUAUGCCAGGAGAAGACAAAAUACUUGUUACUUCAAAUGACAGCCGAGUGCGUUUAUAUGAUUUGAGGGAUCUAAAUUUAUCAUGCAAAUACAAAGGAUACCUUAAUGUAUCCUCACAAAUAAAGGCAUCGUUUAGUCAUGAUGGUAAAUAUAUAAUUGCUGGCUCAGAAAAUCAGUGUAUUUACAUAUGGAAAACAAAUCAUGAUUAUUCGAAAUUAAGUUCCGUACGUCGCGAUCGCAGUGAUUUUUGGGAAGGAAUCAAAGCUCACAAUGCUACAGUUACUUGUGCCAUUUUCGCGCCACAUCCAGAGGCCAUCAUUAAACCUGAACCAGAUGAAAUUUCUCACGCAAAACUACAAAAUAAUCAACCCGAUCCACUUGUUGAACAACAUAAAAAAGGUUGUGGCUAUGUAAUGGUUAGUGCCGAUUUUAACGGUGCUAUUAAGGUUUUUAUAAAUAAAACAAAACCCAAACAUAGUAGUUUACCUUAUACAGCGAUAGCAGAUUAAGCUUAUAAUCAAAAAAGAACAAAAAAACUCGCGUUAUGGGAAAUAGUAUAUUUUUUUAACUUUAAAUUAAAAAUUAAAUUUGAAUUUAAAUAAUAUGCAAAUCAAUCGGAAAAAUGAUAAGCAAGUAAAUGCACUACGCAAAAGCAACUGAUAUCACUUCUUAACAAACAUUAAAUAAGUUUUAAUUUCACUUUCUUUCAUUAUUGCAAACAUUUACUAAAUUAUUA